UAAUUGGGGAUUACAUGGCACUGUAUAUGUGCUGCUUUGACCCGUCCGUUGGCUGGUUUUAACGGGUAGCUAACAUCUGCCCGGCGGCUAGUUUGGUAACAGUUAGCCCUGCUAGCUAAGUUAACGAGGCAGUCUGUCAUCUUUAUGUCUGUGCAUCACGUUGAACAUAACGGGAACGCUGUCCACGACACCGCCGAGCUGCAGCUACACGGUUUACUGGCUGUUUUUUUGUGAUGGUUUUGACUCAAAGAUGACCUGCAGCCCAGUCCCAUGACCGACUAACUAUCUCACAUCCAGCAGGUCAUAUUUGAGAUUUCACAAAGGGUGACCCAUGCUUUCAGAUGAGCUUGACUCCAAACCAGAGCUGCUGGUGCAGUUUGUACAGAACGCGUCCAUCCCAUUAGUUCAGGGUCUGGAGGACCCUGAGUCCAAACACCCCUGCCUGCCUCUGUUGGCUCCGGCUGUCAGCUCUCUCUGCAGCCCACUGGAGCUCACAGACGGCGGCCUGAGCCAUGAGCCUGAAAGUUCUUCCCUGUCUGAGUUUGGAGGUGUGUCGGAGCGAAGUCCUCUAGUGGUUCAGACACACUCUCACCCACGGACCUCCCCCAGCCCCCCACCCAUCCUUCAUGACCUACAACAGUCAGACAGUACUUCGUAUGUCCUGCUGAACCUUGCAAAAGGCAUCACAGCCUCCUCUGAGUCCCUAAUCUUCGCCGCAGAUGGGGCAGGGGAGGAUGACGAUGAGGGGGUCUCAUCAGGGGACUAUGGGAUAGAUGGCAGUGCACCCUGGUAUCUACGGGUACAGGAGCUGGCACACGACAGCCUAAUCGCCGCCACACGGGCACAGCUUGCUCGAGAUGCCAAGGCCAGUCAGGACGCCCGGGCCACGAGCAUCAGUAACGGUGACCACACACACAGCUUGACAUCAGACGGGGACAAGCGAGAAUUGCCGUCUCGGACCAGCCGCCCCCUCUCCAAGCAGAUCCUCCGCUGCUCAUUUGAAGGUUGCUGCAGGACAUUCACCUGGCCAGCUCAUCUCAAAUACCAUCUCAAAACACACAGGAAUGACCGCAUGUUCAGGUGCGGCGCCGAAGGCUGCGGAAAGAGUUUCUACGUGUUGCAGAGGCUUCAGGUUCACAUGAGGACUCACAACGGAGAGAAGCCCUUCAUCUGCAAGGAGAAGAACUGUGGCAAGAAGUUCACCACCGCUGGAAACUUGAAGAACCACAGGCGCAUCCACACAGGAGAGAAGCCUUUCUUGUGUGAAGCAGAUGGAUGUGGGCGAUCCUUUGCAGAGUAUUCUAGUCUACGGAAACACAUGCUCGUACAUUCUGGUGAAAAGCCUCAUCACUGUGGGAUCUGUGGGAAGACGUUCUCUCAAUCCGGCAGCAGAAACGUCCACAUGAGGAAGAGACACGGAGAGGAAGGACUGAACAGCGAAACCAGGGAAGCAGGAGAGGCUCUGACACAAAGCAGCCUGCUGGAGGCAGACGGUGAGAACGGAGAAGGUAUGGUCACCAUGACAACAGCCGUGGAACCCAUGAAUCUUCAUCACGCUAUGCUGAGAUCACCAGGCUCUGCAGACUCGGUGGUUGUUCUCUCUCAGCCUCAUGAACUGGUGACCAUGACGACUGAGGGUCAUGCAUAUGGAGAUGAUGUGGUAGCGCUGCUGUAGCCUGCUACUGUGGGGGGGGGGAGAAACAAAAAACCCCGAAUACCCUGCCUAAUACUGCAGCAGUAGACUGAUAGUCAACAGAGCUCACUAAACAUAAACCUCUACUUGUACAUAGAUUAAUAACUUCACCCUUGUAGAUUUUUGUAAUUAGCAGUCAAUGAUGGAUUUAUUUUGACAAGUGAGAAAUGGCAAUGUUUGUACGAAACAACCUCUUUCCUCAUGUUUUUGAAGACAAAUACUCCCAAAGAAUACUGAGACGGGUUGAAAAGUUUAUGAAAAUAUUACCAUGCAUUGUUUUGUGCAUUAUCAUUGUAAACAGUUGAGGUUGAAAUGCAGUGUUAUUCCUCUAUAGUAAGUAUGUGCCACUUACUUCUACCAAAAUCUUCAAUGGCUGAUACAAUUGACAGUCGAAUUUAAAUGUUCCAGACACAUAUAUGGCACUUAAAACCCAUUACUAACAACAAAACAACUCAAUGUUAAAAACAUUACUUUGCUGCACAAAAACACUGGUCUUGCACAGCAUAACCAGCCUGAAAAACAGCCUCCUUGUUCAUCAGCCUGAAUAAAACACAAAAACAUCUGAAACUGCAGAUGUCUGCAGCCGUUCGAUAAGGUAGUGCACAUUACGUGUUUUGUUUGUUAUUGAGCACCACCUAAAGCAGCAGUGUUUGCUCCGUCCUUCUCCUCAGUGGAUCUUCAGGUUGUGGAAGUGGUCCAAUGUGGCUCCCAAAGCCCAGCUUGCCUCCACGUUGUUCACUUUCUUGGUCAGCUGGGAGGGGGAAAACACAACACCAAAUCACUGAAAUGCCUUUUGUAUUUAUUGAAAUAAAAAAAAAA